AUGGACCAACUGGCCAACCAGGGUAUUGACGAAGACAGUGUCUACACCGGAGCGUGGAUCAAUUGGAGCCGUGGUCGAAUCGGCGGCGCUACCAUCACUCUCACGCGUCAAGAGGGCCAGAUUCUCACAGCAUCCUUAGCUUUGUUUGUGACUAUAGCAGGAACAAGUUUCUUCAGGCUGAUAUGUUUCGCCUUGCAUUGGGUUUCGUCCUCAGAAGCCCCGCAAGACGGCAUAUAUCACCAGACGCAGGCAGUUCUACGGAACGCGACCACGAGCGCAAACGGGCUUCGGAAUUUCCUUUUGCUGGCUUGGGCCUGGAGAGCCCACCAGCGUCAAGUGCUUAGCCGCUUGGUUCCUAUGAUCGCAUUCGCAGCUUUGAUUGCUUUGGCUUUCAGCGUCUCCAGCAUCUUCGUAUCUCGGGUGUCGACCUCGACCGGUGACGACGUUCUCCUGAAGGGGUCCAACUGCAGAGCAUAUUUUGUCCAACCACUUCCGCUUAACCUCACAUCUUUAUCUUCAUCCUACUGGAGCCAGCAGGGGGCCGCAUCUCUGAACUACGCCCGAUACUGUUACAAUGGAAACGUGCUGAAGCAGAAUUGCAAGACAUACAUCAAGGAUAGGUUACAGUACUCCAAACGACUGAAUGCUUCCUGCCCCUUCUCGAAUGAGAUGUGCCUCCAUACCAACUCAGUUCUCCAGCUGGACACGGGUUAUUUGGACAGCCAUGAUGACUUUGGGAUAAACGCGGCGCCUGACGAUCGUUUUGCGUAUCGAAGCGUUGCGACAUGCGCACCCCUCAAGAGAGACGGCUAUGUACGCACACAGCCAAUCCCGGGCAACGAAGAGAACGUCGAGUCCUUUUAUUUCUUCGGGAACAUGGGACGCAAUGAUACGGAUUCGCCGGCAUUCUCCUGGAAAGCUUGGCAGGAGCCGGUCUUGGGGGAAGAUCUGUCCUUCAAUUUCUCGGACUAUACAGUAUGGGCUAUGGCCUACCGCGGAGGAAUCCCUGACAACGAACAGACAGACUGGCUGCCCAUCCCAGAGCUGCGUCCCGACGACGCCGACGUUGCCUUCAUAGCGGUCAUAGGCCACAGCGUAACCUUCAUUGAGCAAGUCAAUGAUCCAAUCUUCUCCGCGCACCGCCCGGCUGGGAUGAGAAACGUGAAUCCACAGUGGCCAGAUAGCCGAGACAUGACCUACUUUUCGGACCACACAGACGGCAUUAUGGCCUUGCGGCCUGUUUUGAACGAGACACUCUCGUCUGAACUCCAGCGGACGUACGCCAAAUCUAUCCUGUCUCUUAUCAUCGAUGCUCAUAUAGAGGUCGUCGACUUCAUCCAGAUGCUCGGAAUAACGGCGCUCGACGCCCGCAACGCGUUUUAUGGACCUCUCUCAAACCCUGUGCCAGACAACCAGUGGGAGAAGGAGGUGGAGCUGUGGUGGCAGGGGACUCUGGCCGCACUGCAGCUCUUAAUCACAGAACAGGCUACGGGCCCAUCGAUGGUCGAGGCACAGCAGCUAUUUUCAAAGCCGCAAACAGAGGAAGAAAAGCUUCGGUGCGAAAAUCAGAAAAUCCGGAGCACAGCCUACACAUCCUUCAGCACCCUCGGCCUCGCCAUCAUCUUCUCGCUCGGCGGCACCUUCAUCAUCCUCUCAUACACACUCGAGCCAUGCGUCGCCUACAUCCAGCGCAAGCGCAACCUCGACGUCUACCACCGCCUCGAAUGGGUAACGAAUGGCACACUACAGCUGCAGCGCUUGGCCCACGAGGAACUCGGCCUGGGUACUUGGACCGGCGCCGCCACGGAAGUCCCGGUCGUGGUUGCGUCCGCAACAAGCGGCACUAAGCUUGCAGUGGUGGAUGUGUCAGACGUGGAUCAUCCGGUCCUCAUGGCGCCGCCGGAGACGCUGGAGGUGGUGAUGGCGGGUGGGAAGAUGGCUGGCGCUGAGACGGCGUCGUCGAAUUGA